GAUAAUACAAAAUAAUUUGGGAAUGAUUGUAUUUUGUGUAUAAUUGUAUGUUUGUUUGCCAACUGUGCACUUAAUUGAUCCCAACAUUGGUGUGUUAGUCAUGAUGUCCUCCAAAAGUGCAGUAAAUGGUUUGAAUUCAUGUAAAUGCUGUCCGUAUGGCUUUCAUAUCGAUACAGAUUUUGUCAACUAUACUGAAGUACUUUUGACAGCCCUUUAUGGCAAUCCAUCUGAUAAGCGAUUGUCCCAAACCUUGCGCUGUCGGACCACAAACUCAUUUCGCCGAAAAAUAACUUCUGCUUUUUCCACACUAAACUCCAGUUCCACCCGAAGCGCAGUCACCGAUGCAUUCCUAUCGUAUUGUGAUUAUAAUUAUAACAACAUUUCAGGCUAUCGUCUCAAUGGUCAUCACAAAGAACUCAAUGGACAUCACAACAAACAAGAAAGACAGUCACCAAAAGAUAAUUUUUCAUUAGACAAAGACUCUAUCAAUUCGUUGAUCAAUGACUACAGUCUGGGAGAUGUGGUCGACGAGUUUGAAGAGACAUAUAAUGAGUCUCAUAGAAGAUUAUCCAAUGCUUCCGAUAACGUCAAUGAUAAUGAAUUUAUAAAAAAGUCAAUAAAUAUGAGUGAUAUGAAUGUGGAGAGACCAGCCUCACCACCGGCAUCACCGGCACCGUCAUCAUGUGCUUCCUCUAAUAUAUCACGAGUUGUUUUGUCGCAAAUUCGCGAUCAAAUGGCACUUAGUUUAGCUCGAGUUCGGGAACUUGAAAAUCAGGUCAAAUUGAUACCUAAUUUAAAACAAAAAGUUAUUAUUUUAAGAGAAGAAAAGAAAAUAUUGAUUAAAAAAUUAAAAGAAGAUUUAAAUGAUGACAAUGUUUUUAAUCAUCACAAAGAUAUGAUUCGUGUCAAGCAAUUAGAAAAUAGUGGUCUUAUAACACCAACAAUGAAGAGACGGAAAUUCCUAUUGAAAUCAGAGUCUGAUAGUGAAGAUGACGAGUUUGACGACAUUUGGAUACGAUCUUCACCUCCGCCAUCAAAAUUGGUUUCUUCAAAAAACAUAAGACUUGAAACACUAAAUGAAAAUCAAACUGAUUUAUCAAACAAAGUACAACAGAAAUCAGAAAUGAUAAACGUUUCAACAAAUACAGAGAAAAUCUCAUUUAACCGAACAACUGUUGAGGUGUCAACAAAUACUGAUGAGAUCCCUGAGCGAGAUAUUAGAUUAAGUUUUGAUAUUUUAAAUUCAAUAUCAAUAGAACCUGAAAUAAUGAUUGAAAAUAUUACACCACAACCUAAAGUAACCAAACGAUCAAUUGGUAUCUCAACCAGUUUGGCACCGAGUCUUCCCCGAAAUGGUCGCAGAAGUGUUGCUAUCGAGACGGAUCUCAAGGCAUGCGAUACAGUGAGCAUUCAAGAAAUAGAGGCCCAGAAACCAGCGAUGGUCUCAUGGGGUACUGAUCCGAUUCGUGUGAUUUAUGCUAACAAUCAAAUACAAGUGUCGCCCAAAUGCUGUGAUGUCAGCACUAAAACCGAUGUUCCGGUUGUUAAAAAUGUUAGUGUAGUCUGUAAUUCAUGGGAUUUUGGUUCAAAAGUCAAUUGGACUCAAACCGACAAAAAGACUUUUAUUAGUAAAUCAAUUCAAUGCAUACAAAACUGUCAGAAAUGUGAACUAAAACAAACUGAAACUAUAGGUGUCGGAGAUAAUAAUGUAUACGGAAUGUUGACGAGUGAUAAAUCAGUUACCACUGACCGACCAACUACUUUGGAUAGCAAUCUUAGAGCUGGAUCUCCUGUUUAUCCUCCAGUUUCGAGGGCCAGUUCAAUACAAAGCAUAAGAUUGUGUGAUAAAUGUAAUGAAACUAUUACUUCUGUAGCUAAAGAUGUUAUAAGCGGUCCUCAAGAGAAAAUGUCGAGUCCUAUACUUCAGAGUCGUAUCCCAAGACCUAUACAAAGUACCGGAUCUCUAGAAAGGAGGUCUGUUAACGACAAAAUUAUUGAAGAGUCACCAAAUGAAAUACUAGUUUACAAGAAUCCAAGUUUAAGCGUCGGCUCGAGUCCUAUUAAAUCUAAUCCUCCGUUUAAUUUCAAGAACUUAUCUUCAAAGCCACCAAUUAAAAGAUCAGAUGUUUUAAGUCCUAAAACAUCUCAAGCGUUGAAAAUUCUUGACGAUGUCUUUACAAUAUCAGAAUCUGAUGAGUCUGAAGAUGAAAGCGGCUCUUCAUCUGAGGGAACCUAUGAAGUGGAGACGGGAGCCGUUGCUAAGGUCAGGGAGAGAGUAGAGCCGUCUAAAGAAAUAAAAGCAGCUCUUAAAGUGCUUAACGAUAAUCUUAUUAAACCUGAAAAGACAAACAAAUCUGCUUUAAACAAGAGUUUAGAAAUCAUAGAAAAAGAGUGGUUCAAAGUGGCCGCCGAUAAAGAAUCGGAUUCACAUACAGUUGAAGACUAUAUCGACUGUUUUGAGACAUAUUCAAAGCAUUUACUUAAUCGUGUCGUCAAUUUGGAUGACAAGAGCGGUAAUACAGCCAUUCAUUACGCGAUAUCUCUCAAUAACUUUGAUAUCGUGUCUGUACUCCUCGACUCUAAAGUUUGUGACGUAAAUAAAACAAAUAAGGCUGGAUAUACGGCAACAAUGUUGGUCUCGCUGUCCAAAGUAGAGAAUGACACACAAAAGGCAGUUAUUAGACGUCUUUUUCAAUUAGGAGACGUUAACAUCAAAGCUAAACAAAACGGUCAAACGGCGCUAAUGUUGGCCGCAAGUCACGGGCAGUUCUUUACCUGUAAGAUAUUACUUGAAUGCGGAGCAGCUAUUAAUCUACAAGACAACGAUGGCUCGACAGCUCUUAUGUGUGCCGCAGAACACGGACAUACAGAUGCUGUUAGACUAUUGUUGUCUCAUCCAGACUGUGAUCCAACUAUUGUGGACAACGAUGACGCCACAGCUCUUCAUAUAGCAAUGUCCAACAAUCACAAUGAUAUCGGACUUAUGUUAUACGCGUCUACUUCGAUGCUAAGCCGUGGGUCAUCACCGUAUGCUUCUCUGCGAAAGACACAAUCAAAAGCUAUAGCGGCUAGUCUUCGACGUACCGGUUCAUUCAAUUACGGUCACUCACGUGUUACGCCGCAUACGUUUCAAUUAGCGCCGUCACCGCCGCCGCGAUCAAGACAUUCCUCCACAUCAACCAAUAAAUAAACAAAAAAUCAAUAAAAGUCAUUAUAAUAUAAUAAUAACUUUUUAAGUGCCUCUACUUUUAACAUUUAACUAAUUAUGAGCACUAAUUUAAUUUUAAUUUUGGUCCAAUUUUACCAAUAAUUA